AUGGUUUCGUUUUCAUGCGAGAAUUGCGGCGAUAUUCUCACCAAGAAGAAGCUUGAUCCUCAUCGGAAUCAAUGCCGGGGUGCGUCGUUUACCUGCAUUGAUUGCAUGGUGCAUUUCCAGGGUGCCGAGUACAGAUCGCAUACGUCGUGUAUGACCGAGGCGCAAAAGUACGAGGGCGCGCUCUAUAAAGAGAAACCUACGAAGAACGGGCGAAAGGGCAAGAAUGAACCGAAGCAGAACCAGAAGCCGAACGGCAUGCAACACCGUGCGCCGUAUAUCGAGGACGUGACCGACGUCGAUUCCCCUAGUGCCAACGGGCGCGCACCACCAGCCCACCAGCAGAAGCCUACCGCUGCGAACGAGGGCAGCACCGACAAGGCUGAUGGCGGCAAACCGGUCAACGUAUUCGACUUCCUUCAACCUAAGACCCCGAAUAACGCGUCCAAGGUCUCUUUGGCUGAGCCCAAGGGACAGAUGCGGAUGGUGGAUCAUGCCCCUCCGAUUUUCGAGACGGGCAAGACUACUCCCCAAUUGGACACUCCUGGCAAUGAUAAGAGUUACGAACAGAAUGGAUACUCCUACGGCGCAGACCCGCUUCCACAAUCACAAUACCCGAACGCCAACCCCUCGUUGGAGUUCGUGACACCAGUCCCCAAGAAAAAGAAGGACCGCAGCCGCAAGGAAAACGGCACGGUCAACAGCGAGAAGAAGCGCAAGCGGCGCACUGAUGAUAUCGACAUGGACGAUGCGGCGCCUCUCGUCGACACUCCCAUGAUGGAAGCCCCAUCUAGUGUCCGGAACAACCCCGGUACGCCCAUGAUCAAACACUCAGGGCUGACUGGUGGACUGGACCGGAUGUUGAGAUCUACGUCGGUGGAGGGUGAAGAGCAGGCCCGUCGGCGCUACGAAGAACCCACGUCCCCGAUCAAGCGGUCUAAGAAAGAGAAGGAGCCCAAGGAGCCCAAGAAGACCCGCGCGGAACGUUUCGUCUCAUCCAUGUUCGGCGGCUCCGUGGUCUCCAGCAGCAGUGCUGAUUCUCAGCCCAAGACACUCCCCCGCCACCGUCGCCGCAGCUCAUCUGAUGAUGGACAAAUCCCAGACAUCGAUGUGCGCAAGUCCAAGAAGACACCCAAGGUGCGCAAUGCCUCCGACAGCCAGGUGGUUGCGCCCGAACCCAAGAGCAAGCGUAAGACCAGCGCCCAAACAGUGGAAGGCGACCGUCCCUCCCGGCAGGUUAGUGGCCCAGACGCCGGAGAAAUGAUGCUCUACCCGCAAGCCAAUAUCCCUACUGACCAGCAACGUGACAUGGCGGCUCACUUCCUGUCGCUGGUGACCAAGGGUCCUGAGAGCUCGCGCGGCUUCUCUAUUAACAAGAUCCUGAAGCGCUUCCACAACGACGAGGAGGGCCAACGAGCUGAUCGCGAGCAGCGUCAGGAGGAAGAGAAGGAGCUGUGGCGGGCGUUGCGAUUGAAGCGGAACGAGCGAGGAGAGAUUGUGGUGUUCUUUUAA